AUGGGUGAUUUGGACUCAUCUGUGAUAAAACGUACCCAGCAAACGUUGGGGAAAUACGUGAAGAGGCCUCCCUUAACGGAGAAGUUAUUGACGAAACCACCUUUUCGCUUUCUACACGAUGUUUUUAAUGCCGUCAUUAAAGAAACUGGUUGUUUUGUUGGUUUGUACACGCCAGAGGAGUUAAACUCAGAUAACAUCAAAGAUCGCGAUGAUAAGAUGAAAUUUUUACAGAAAAUGAUUGAUGUCAUAAAAAUCAUAUCCAAUCAAAAUGUAACUGUACGGACCUCAAAAAUAGUUGCCGGACAAGAGCCAGAGAAGACCAACGAACUAUUACAAUUAAUGGGAGAAGUUAUUGAAAAGAAAUUAGAUUGGAAAAGUGCUGUCGAACAAGUUGUUAACAGCAAGGGACUGGGGGUUCCGACAAGCGGCACAAAGUCAAAGGUACAUGAUAAACAAAAUGAGAAAAAGAAUAAAGACAAAGCAAACGAAAAAUACAAAGACAAGGAAAAUAGAGUUAAAGAUGUAAAAACUAAAGACGCGACCAAAAAAGUCGUUAAGUCCAUCUCACCCCCGACAAAAGCUGAGAAACCAUCAAAGAAGCAUGUUGAAGAGAGAGAAAAAGAGAAACCUGGUAAAACGGCGAAAGACCAGAUUUCUAAAGACCCCAACGAAAAAGCUGGCAAGAGAAGUGAAAAGCCUACAGAGAAACCCAAACUUUUAAAAAGCAGAACUGGCUCUAAAGAGAAGACUCCUUCGCCAAUAAAAAAUGAUGUACCUAAAGAAGCGGAAACUGUGUCUUUGACAGACAACGAGCUGCACAUGACAACAAAGGAUGAUAGUAUUGCGCUGGAACUGAAGAUGGAAAAAGAGCCAUCAGAAAUGGCAAAUAAAAGUAACCCUAUUGAAAAUCAGCGACGAAAUAGCAAAACAUUGGAACCAAAUGUAAUGGGAUCCGAAAUCUUAUUGGAGAAUGAUCCUUCAGUAGAUAUUCUCAAACAAUCUAUAAGAACAUCCAAUGAUGUCGAAAGUCGCAAGUCUUCGGCAAGACAUAGAAGGUCAUCAGGAAGCAGCCGUCGGUCAAGCGUCAAUGUGGUGGCAAGAGACGACCAUAAGACAUUGACGAAUGGAAUGAAGGACGGAAAUGAUAAUAUCAACGACACGAUUUCACUGCUGAAAACAUCAAAUGGAACAAUGCAAAACAACGAAUUGUCACAUCAAGAGAUGCCAGAGCUAGUACAGAAAUCAAUUUUACAGCAACAAAAAUCAAAUUCAAUGCAAUUCCAAAAUUCGAACACAAAUAUAAAGCCACAAAGUCCAAAUCAGUCAGCAGCACCCCCUCCCACCGCCGUUCCGCCUACACCUACAGAGGUCAGACGCGAGCAUACAUUCACUCGAGAAAAUUCGCAUGACAGUAACGCCAGUAAUUUUGCAAAUCGACCUCGCACUUCGUUACGCCCACCAAGCGCCCGGCCGGCGUCGGCACGUCCUGGUGCACCUCGGAGACGUGAUCGUAAUAUAGAGAUUGUGUUACAGCCUAAUGAUCAAGUGAAACUGUCGGGUAUCAAUGUAAAAUUGGAGAGCUUUGGCGACUUGGAUGACGAUGGCGAAAAUUUGGUUGUCAUAGAGGAUGCAAAUACUGUAAACAUAGUGGAGUCAGUCGAAGAAGUAAAUAGGGGUGAAGAGAGUGGAGUUGAAAAUAAUGCAGAACAACAAGGACAUUUGGUACAACAAAUACUAGAGACGCAAAAGGAGUUAAUGCAACAGCAAAAAGGAACUAAUUCCAUUGGGAAGAAUGAAAAGGAUGUGGACCUAACCACCAAUUCGAUUGGGCGCCAAAGCUCUGCACGGCAAAUGAAUAAUUUGCGCGAUGUCAUUCAAAAUUUGACUAAGUCGGUAAAUCCGUUUGGUAAAUUAAUGGAUUUCAUACCAGAAGAUAUCGAUGCUAUGCAAUUGGAAUUAACUAUGUGGCGAGACACAUACACACAAGUAGCCAACGACCUUAGGCGUGAAAAAAGCCUUACCGAGUCCGCAACGGAACCCAUGAAAAAUCAACUUGUACAAAUCGAAGCUAAUACGAAAGAGUUUAUGGAAAUGAUCGAUACGAGUCGUAGCAAAAUAUUACAAAACUCAGAAAAAAUUUAUAAAAUGCUUGCAGGACAAUAAAGUUAUACAUUAAAGUUGUAAAAUAAAUGUAAA